UUCUUCCACCCACCCCACCGAGAGAGGGAGUGCCUUAACCUUUGAUUCAUUGCUUCCUCUUAUUUGGUGAAUUUAUUCAUAGCAACCAAGUAUCUCAAUAAAUCCAAAACCCUCUUUUUAGAAAAAAAAACCUGAUUUUUUUGUUAAUCCCUUUCUCUAUCUUCUCUUUCUCCAACAACAACAACAACAACAGCAGCAACAUCAUUCAAACAAACAAAAAAAAACUCUCUUUCAGGUGAACAAGAGAAUCAGAGUCUUCUUAUUCAUAUAGCAGAUCAUCUGAACAGAAGAGGGAGGGUACUGGUUUGUGGGGGCAAUUAGACUUCUGCAAGCUUAGAAUCCUCUCUCCUUUAUUUACUCACCAAAGCAUAGUCAUCGGUGAGUGCUGUUGGGGAGCCUGCAUGUAGCACCAUCAAUAUUUUGGUGAUCUGUUGAGUUGAGCACAGGGAGAGAUAUUUAAGCUGAAACAUGGGUUCUUUUUGUUCUUGUCUGGGUGUGAAUGACUUGGAAGAUUAUGUGAAUCCAAAUAAUCAUGUAUAUAAUAGGAACUGCAGGUGUCUCCGUUGCUUCCUGCAGAAUUUCAGGAAUGUUGGUAGAUCAAUAUUCCAUAGAGGGGAAGUGCAUUCAGUUCCUGGAUCUAUACAGGGGGCAGCGGCUAUGACUUCUACAGCAUCACUUGAUAAUUCUCUAUCUGACAUGUACCGUUCUCCUCCACGGCCCUUGCCUUAUGAUGUCGACCCCAGGUAUUUCCGCUCACAGCAGGAUGGGCUAGUUUCGAGACGUGACAAGGGUUCAAGUCAUUUGAAUGAGGAGUCAGAACCUCUAAGAGGUGAUGUGGAUGUGGAGCCAGAAUCGUUAAGUUCGGGUGAUAAGCGGUAUGGAUGUACGGGUGAUGAUGGAUCAAAGGAGUACCGUUCUAAGUCCUCAGUCAGACUUUCAUCUGCAAAACUUGUAACUGGAGCUGCACUUGUCUAUGGAUCCUCAUCGGAAGACGAGGAUGUCUGUCCAACUUGUCUUGAAGAAUACACUGAAGAGAAUCCAAGGAUAAUGACAAAAUGCUCUCAUCAUUAUCAUCUCGGUUGCAUAUAUGAAUGGAUGGAGAGGAGUGACAGCUGUCCAGUUUGUGGGAAGGUGAUGGACUUCGAUGAGACGACUUAAUCUUGAUGGGAAGGUUUUUAGUCGUGGAUGAAGCCACAGCAACAGAGGAAAGGGAAAAUACAAGUAUAGUGGUUGUGAAUACUUCAAAUUAAGCACUUAUCUUGUAUAGUAAAUAUAUGCAAGUUUUAUUAACCAUUUUUAUUGUAAGUUCAAUCUCAUCCGGGUUGUUUUUACAUUUAUACCUUUCUUCUUUCCCAAACUUCCAUGGACAAAAGAAAAUGAAAUUGUAGAUGGAAAUUGUCAUGGUUUAAACUUUCAACAGUUUGGCUGGCAAUUAGACGGAUUCCCCCCAUUUUUUGGUUGAAUUAUCAGUGUUUUUGUUGUUAA